GUGUGCGCGCUUGGCGCCAGGGCUGGGUAAGCGCCGAGUCUUAUCUGUUAUUGAAUAACCGAAACAGCUGUGGGCAGGACUUUGUCGACCAGACUACACCUUCUUGUGGACUAUAAUGGUUAUUUCAUAUCGAGGCACAUUAAUUAGACAAAUUCUGCGACGUUGUCAUCGCGCAGUCGCAGCAAAUAAGAACAGCACCAGCUUGACAUGUUUCCAUGGGGUCUGGCCGCCAUCGGAGCGGAGAGACUUUGAGCAGCACAUGCGUAUUGUGCCGGACUUCAUCAGCGAGGCAGAGGAGAAACAGCUGCAUGAGGAAAUCGAACCGUAUAUGAGCCGGCUACGCUACGAGUUUGACCACUGGGACGAUGCCAUACAUGGCUUUAGGGAGACUGAGCGCAAAAAAUGGUAUCCGAAGAACCGGGAGCUCCUGGAGCGCGUGCGUCAGGUGGCCUUCAAUGGCGAAAUUAUGCCCUACGUGCACAUACUGGAUCUAGCGCCUGACGGCGUCAUCAAGCCCCAUGUAGACAGCACCCGCUACUGCGGAAACACCAUUUCGGGGAUCAGUUUGCUCAGCGACAGCGUCAUGCGCCUGGUGCGUACCGAUGCCGAAAAGUAUCAGCAAAACAGCUCUAAUCCGAGCACCGAAGAUACCUCGUAUCGCCAGCAGCCGAAGGCAUUGCUAGAAAACAACUUCUAUGCGGAUCUGUUUUUGCCACGCCGCUCGCUUUACAUAAUGAGCCACACGGCGCGGUACAAUUUUACACAUGAAAUUCUGGGAAACGAGCAUUCCAAGUUUCUUGGCAAUCCCGUCGAGAAAACGCGUCGUAUCUCCAUCAUAUGCCGCAAUGAUCCUUAAAACAAAAUGAAAUCUGGUUAACAUUUUAUCGUUGACAUUUUAAAGCAAAAGCUUUAUAUAUACACAUACAAUUGUUUAUUGAAA